GUCAACACUGCAAUGGCGACGGAAUCAAAUUCAGAUACGACGGAAGCGAUACAUCACAAAACCCUAGCCGAAUCGAGUUUCAAUUCCGGUGAUUUAAUUUCGUCCCUGAAUCAUGCGCGGAAAGCUCUCAGCUUGUCUCCGGACACGGAAGGUCUAUCCGCCAUGGUCACUGCCUUCGAGAUCAUCAGCUCUGCCGCCGCCACCGCAGGAGGUAUGCCUGAGUGGUACAAGGUUCUAAAGGUAGAGCCUUUCUCUCAUAUCAAUACCAUAAAGCAACAGUAUAGGAAGCUAGCUUUAGUGUUGCAUCCUGAUAAGAAUCCUUACGCCGGGUGCGACGAAGGAUUUAAGCUUUUGAAUGAGGCUUUUAGUGUUUUCUCUGAUAAGGUUAGAAGGAAUGAGUAUGAUAUGAAGUUGAGGAUUAGGAUUCAGGGGGAAAUGGUUAGUGGUGGUGGUGAUGAUGAUGAAACAUCAACAUUUUCAACAGUUUGUUCGGGUUGUAGGUCGGUGCAGAAGUUUGGCAGGAAGUAUUUAGGGCAAAAUUUGGUGUGCAUUAGUUGCAAGAAUAGUUUUGAGGCAAAGGAAGCUGAGAAGGAAGAAGAGGGUAGAGAUGGAAGUGAAACUGGAACUUGUGCUUCCAAGAUCAUAACAUAUAGUAGGAGGAAGAAGCGCGCUGGUGAUGAUAGUGAAAUUCUGAGAAGUGGGAGUGAGACAGGGGAGAUGAGAGAGGAAAGAGCAGAAGCUAUUGAUGUAUCUGACAGGUUGGAUGAAGAAGAUGAAGGGAUGAUGACUUUGGCAGAAAUGCAAUCGGUGAUAAGGAGAAAAAAAUCGAAGGUGAAGUCAAAGAUCACUGAGAGAGAUAGUACUGCAGAAGAAAACAUGGGAAGUGAAAUGCAGGAGAGAUCUUUAGGUGAUGUCCCCAUGACUGAAACUUUGAGGGAGAUGCGUACUAACAAGGAGAAUGAAAAACGAGAGGCAUUAAAGAAUGGGAAGAACAUAAAGAAGAAGAAGGUGACGAACCAGAAGGUGUUAAACGAGAUAGUAGAUUUAGAAUACGUGCCACGAGGUGAUAGGAAGAGGGAUCAUGGUAAAUUAAGCCAAGAAUUCUACAAGGAAGACGAGGAUUUGGAACUAUAUAAUUUUGGUAAGGACAGGAUGCCGAGGAGCUUCAAGAAAGGGCAGAUUUGGGCGAUAUAUGAUAGUGGUGAUGACAAUAUGCCUCGGAGUUACUGUUUGGUCAGUGAAGUGGUUUCUUUGAACCCUUUUAAGGUAUGGAUCAACUGGUUGGAUUGUGAGAGCGAGAAACUGAUCUCUUGGAUGAAGAUCAGUUCUUCUCAUAUGCCUUGUGGGAGGUUCCGAGUUUCAGAGAAAGCUUUGACCGAACAAGUGAAAGCAUUCUCUCACAUUGUCAAUUGCGAAAGGGCUGCACGGGAAGUAUACCAAAUAUAUCCCAGGAAAGGCUCUGUUUGGGCAGUUUACUCAGAGACAAAUCCAGCUCCUCAGAGAAGAAAGACCGGACGCUAUGAGAUUGCCGUGUGCUUGACGAUGUAUUCUGAAGCGUAUGGCUUGAGUGUGGCAUAUUUGGAAAAGGUUAACGACUGUAGUAGCAACUUGUUCCAGAGACGGGAUUACGGGUAUAAUGCAGUCAGAUGGGUCGAGAAAGACGAUGUUGCAGCCUUGCUCUCUCAUCAGAUUCCGGCCAAGAAGGUGCCUGAAGAUGAAUCUGUAGCUGAUCUGAAAGAGUGUUGGGUGCUUGAUCUUGCUUCUGUACCUCCCGAUUUGGUUUCUGCCACUUAAUGAACAUAGACAGUUCUUGUUUUUGUUUCUCAUCAAUCAUCAUCGUGACAAAGAGAAACAAACACUUUAUGUCAAUACUGUAUCUGUCUAAUUUAAUAAUUUUAGUUUAGAUCAACUUAAGUUAUAAUUGUAGUA